ACAAUAACAACACCUCUUCCAUGCUGAGGCAUUACCGUGCCCUGCAUGAGAAUAAGGAGGCCACUGGAGCCAUGCCCAGAAAUGCCACCAGGAAGCAAGAGCUGGAUGAGCUUCUGGUCAACCUCGUUGUGAAGGAUACACAGCCCUUCAGCAUUGUGGAUGGGGUUGGAUUCAAGGCAUUUGUGGCAAAAUUGGAUCCAAAUUAUGUUCUCCCAACUCGGCAGGCUCUAAAGGCCAUGGUGGAAGAAAAAUUUGAGUCUGCUAAACAGAAGGCCAAGGCUAAAGUAGGAGAGGUGGCUGCUGUUAGCCUUACAACUGAUAUGUGGACAUCCAUCAACAUGGAUGCCUACCUGGCUGUAACAUGUCAUUUUCUGGAUGACAAAGCAAGGCUCAAUACUGUGCAGCUGGGAGUGCAGUCCCCCAGUCACAUACUGCUGAAAAUAUAGCGUGUGAGAAAAAAUCCAUGAUGGAGGAGUGGGGGAUAUCCAACAAGGUAACUUGUAUGGUGACUGAUGGGGCUCCUAAUAUGGUUGCCUGUGUGAGGGAGCUGAAGCUUCGGCAUCAUAUUUGUGUCGCCCACACAAUGAAUCUGGUGGUGAAGAAGUCCCUUGACCAGCACCCUGUGCUCUCUGGCAUCCGGGCUAAAGCACAGAAGCUGGUUGGCUACUUUAGAAGCAGCACUACUGCUAAGGAGAAGCUUUCACAAGUACAGCGCCAUCUGGGGCUACAAGAGUUGAAGCUGAUGCAGGAAGUGGAAACCAGAUGGAACAGCACCUAUUUAAUGUUGCAGCGUCUGAUGGAGUUACGGGAGCCAGUUGGAGCAACGUUAGCUGGACUACAGACUGACAUUCCCAUUCUGACAUCAGAGGAGUUCAGAAUUGUUCGAGGGUGCCUUUCUUUGCUAAAUCCCUUCUAUUAUGCUACUGUUGAGCUGUCUGCAGAGGAGACUGUUUCUGCCUCCAAAGUCAUUCCCCUCUUAAAGAUGUUGGAGCAGAGCCUUCAGGAGGAGAUGGCCAAACCAGCACCACCUGCGUCACAUGAAGUUGGAGACCACCUCAUCAGGCAACUACGGGAAAAGCUACAAAUGUUACAAUCCAUGAGCAUUUUAGCUCUAGCUACCCUGCUUGAUCCCAGAUUCAAAGUAAUUGGUUUUUUCAGCCACACUAAAGCCACUGAGGCAAUUAAGAGACUGACCUCUGAAUGUGCCACAAUGAUGCAUUCUACACCAAGCUCUGAUGAAACACCCCAGGCUUCGACUUCUCAAGAUGCUACUGGAGGUAGCAAACUGUGGCAUCAUUUAGAUGCAAGCGUGAUGGAGGCCAGAAAAUCAAAAAAUGUGACUGCAGAUGUCACUGUGGAAGUCCAGCGCUACCUUUCAGAGCCCAACAUAACAAGAAUGGAAAAUCCAUUGAAGUACUGGGAGGGAAAAAAACUCCAGUACCCCAAUUUAUAUAGACGUGUACGUGUCUUUUUAUGCACGCCAGCAUCUUCAGUGCCUUGUGAGCGUGUGUUCUCAAAGGCAGGUGAAGUUGUGUGUCAAAAAAGAAAUAGACUGAAGCCCAAAACUAACGGGACUAAGAUGUACGAUAGUGCCAGGUCAGCAGCGCAGGACAUGAAGGAAAGGGGUUACACGGUGGCUGAGCCAGGAGGAGACGCCGCAGCAGCGGGGGAGAAACAGCGCAGAGCCGUGGGGUGGCAGCGAGUGAAGGGGAAAGAACGGGAACGUGACGCGGCACACCGAAACCCGUUUCCAAGCCAAGGCCUAAAACCCAGUCUCUCUCUAUGCCUGUCCAGACUCUCCCCGGCAGAGCAAAACUACGACGUUGGAGACCGAGAACUCCUGGCCAUCAAACUCGCUUUGGAGGAGUGGAGACACUGGCUUGAGGGAGCUGAACACCCAGUCUUAGUUUGGACGGAUCACAAAAACCUAGCAUACAUCCAGUCCGCCAAACAAGCUAACCCUCGUCAGUCAAGAUCUCGCCUGAUUCAAUGGAUGCACACAGCCAAGUUCUCCGCUCACCCGGGGGUGAGCCGAACAAUCGCCUUGAUUUCCAGACGUUUCUGGUGGCCUACGUUACACAAGGAUGUGAAGGAAUACAUUUGGGCCUGCUCCAUAUGUGCCAGAAACAAGACCUCACAUCAACCGCCUUCUGGCCUGUUGCAUCCUCUUCCCGUUCCAACUCGUCCCUGGUCUCACAUCGCCAUAGAUUUUGUUACUGGUCUCCCAAUCUCCAGAGCAGACGAGAGAGAGAUUUCGGUUCCAUCUGUCAAUCACCACAUCCGCCGCUGUCAAAGUGUCUGGAGGGACACCAUAGCCUCCCUCAAUCGAUCUCCUGUGACCACCAAGCGCUUUGCGGACUCCAAGAGACGCCCUGCCCCAGAGUACGCCAUCGGUCAGGAG